CAUCAUCUCCCUAAACAUUUCGCUCAACCAAUGCCCGAGGCAUCCGCACGCUCUCCCAAUGGACCAAAAGCCACCACCCCUCAAGCUUCCUCCACGCCUGAUUCCUCCUCCACCCAGUCUGGCCUGCGCCUCCGCGCGCUGGCAGGCGGUAGUCAAGCGUGAUCCCACCGCCAUCACAUUCGUCUACGCCGUGCUAACGACCAAGAUCUACUGCCGUGUCGCCUGUCCCGCCCGACUCGCGCGACGGGCCAACGUCCGCUUCUACGAUCUGCCCUCCCAGGCAGAAAGGGCAGGGUUCCGGGCGUGUAAGCGCUGCAGACCCGAGACCCUGCAGACCGGCGACGGCAGCAGUAGUCCUCAGGUUCAGCUGGUGCACCGAGCAUGUCAGACGAUCGCGUCGACCGUCCAGUCGGGGUCGAAGCCCACGCUUCACAUCCUUGCGACCGAGGCUGGGCUCACAUCCAGUCACUUCCACCGCGUGUUCAGGAAGGUCAUGGGCGUUACGCCGGGGAAGUAUGCUGCUGGGAUGAUGGAGAAGAUGAAGGAGAGUUUGGUGGCAGCAGCGACGACGACAACGACGGCGAAGACGGAGUUGUCAUUGUUGCAGGGGAAGGAGGGGAAGAGCUACGGGGCGUCUCGGGCUGCUCCGGAAAUAGGGACGUCGCGCCAGCUUCAGCCCUGUGGUGGCUUGGAGGUUGCUGUUGCUGCUGAUGGGAUCAGUCGUAGCGCCGACGUUGGGGAGGAGGAAGAGCUGAUCCUGCCGUGGAAUGACUUUGAUGCAGCAUUGUUUGCCGCCGAGACUGGUUUCGUCUCCAUGCAGGAGGUGCAGCCCCUGGGUGAACUGCAUGCUUGGCAUGAGGUUGGCUUAUUAUUUGAUGGUAAUGAUGAUGCUGCUGCUGCUGCUAAAUUUCUAUAAUCGAUUAGUCUCUGGGAAAUGGGUGCUAUAUGGUGUCACGGCAUGGUGGGAUCUUCAGUUUUGAUGGGUGGCGUCGGUUUUCCAUGUUCAUCUUUCGAACUUUGUCGUUGUUUGGAUUACAGCCUAUGUGACCAGUGUUUCUAUAAUCCACUAUAAUUACAUGUACUUGAGGCAAGGAAGUGGUUGGUAGACGUCUUUGCGGAAUCGGA